AUGACAGAAAUGAAUCUCACAGUUCACAAAGUCAUAGAAUUUUUGAGAAAGAAAUCUCUAUCACCUACAUUAUCACAAAGAAAUUCGAUAAAUAAAGAAUUAGAAACACACCUGUGGAGUUGGAUGUCCACUAAAUGG